AUGUCUGUGGAGACGUGUUCGAUAGAGCUACUCCUAGCAUUGGCGGCUAUUGGUGCGCAAUACACUUUCGAGGGCGAAAAGGGUGUCGAGCUGUUCAAUGUAAGCAAAGCAAUUGCGACACAUCGUAUCAGGAAACGGGAUACGCGUCUCGUGCAGCUCCAGCAUCAUUCUGAGUCGGAUCACUCGUCGCCCCACAAUCAUCCGAGCGACCCUCGUAGCCCUCAACGUAAGGGCUCCGUCUCGGGACCGCUGGGCCUACCUUCCCAGGCUGAUGUUCCUAUCCUUGGCGAAGAUCUCAUGCAGACCGCUCAGACACUACUCUUGCUCAUGGCACUGUGUACUUGGGCCAAACACAAAGAGAUUCUCAGAGAGGCGUUAGCAAUCCAAAGCAUAUUAGCUACCCUUAUUCGGGACGACGGACUCGAGACCGAACCUCUCCAUGAGACCAUCUCAUGGUCGGACUGGAUUCGGCGCGAAACGAUCAAAAGGACCAAGUUCAUCGUCUAUGGCUUCUCCAACCUCCAUUGCAUUGUCUACAACAUUCCUCCAUUCAUGCUAACGAGCGAGGUCAAGUUGCCCUUGCCAUGCAGUGCGGCGGAAUUCAAGGCACCCACGGAAGCUUUAUGGAGGGAAGCGAGGAAGAAAAGUGCGCCUGAGGUCUUGUUCCAGGAUGCAUUGAAACGUCUAUUUACAAAGCAAGGCCGCGACGUCACCGAGGUCAACUCGUCGUCUGGAAACUACGCGUUGAUACACGCCCUGAUACAGCAUGUUUUCUUCCUCAGACAAGUGGCACGAUGUCGUUUUGAAGGACCCGGUGAUCUGAGCGCAGAAGACGUUGCGUCACUCGAGAACGCUCUGCGAAACUGGCAGACCGGAUGGCGCCAAAACCCUGAAUCAUCGCUCGACCCGAUGUCGCAAAAUGGUCCUGUCGCUUUCAACUCAACUGCGUUACUUCGAUUGGCAUACAUACGACUCUACGUGGACACCGCAGGUCGAGCUUUAGAGACGCGCGACCCUGUGCUGAUUGCCAAUGCCUUCCGCGCCGGGCCUACAAUCAGGCGCUCGCCAAAGAUUACAAGAGCUGUGCUCCACUCAGCCCAUGCACUCUCCAUACCCAUCAAGAUCGGCUAUCGUCUCGUGGCAAAGACACAAUCGUUCAUCUGGAGCAUUCAACAUUCGUUGUGCACGCUCGAGUGCGCCUACCUCAUGAGCAAGUGGCUCGAAGCCCUGUCAGUACCGGAAGCAGACCCGCCCAUCACAGAAGACGAGCACAGAAUCAUUGCGAUUGUGAAAAGCAUGUUGGAUGAGACUGAGUUUGCCGUGCCGCCCGACAUUACGCCCGAUUCGCCCAACUUUACACGACAUCUCAGCGCGGGGGUGCUCAGGGUCUGGGCGAUGAUCUUCAAAGGAUCUCAAACUUGGGCUAUCGUGGAUGUUAUCGGGAGCUCGCUCAAUCUGUAUGCGGAUAUGCUAGAGUCUGGGUGA